CACGCAGAAAACCCCAGUAUAUAAACUACUGAGAGAGUUUAACACGCAGAUCUGCAAAAGCUCUAGAGACCUUGGAAGACUGAUGAGGAAUAUUUAACGGUGCAGAGCAGAAUAGCAAAGAGCAGUUUUUUUGAGAAAUAAAAUCCUAACUUAAAAAAGGUUACAACGAGCACGCACUUGCAAAUGAAAUAUAUUACGUCAAAUUUAAUCACUGCUUGAAAACGAAUAAGUGGUCAAUGUUAAUUCUUAAAUCUUUUUUUCUUUUUAAAGGAGACCAACAACAAAACAAUUUAGAAGAGACUAUCUUGCUUAUAUAUCCAGGUUAAGAAAAAGUCAACACAGGUUUGCUAUUUUAUAUUAUAGUUUUGUUGUUGUUGUUGUUGUUUGUUUAACAUGGCAGAUGAUGAACAAGCCAGCGUUAGUACUAGUGGUAAGAGUCUUGGUACGGAGAGCAGCAAUUUAAACGUGUUGAACUGGGAGCAAGUGCAGCGCCUGGAUAAGAUAUUGACCGAGACAAUCCCCAUUCACGGACGAGGAAAUUUCCCUACUUUGGAAAUGAAACCUCGGGACAUAGUGAAAGUUGUGAGGAGCAGGCUGGAAGAACACAAAAUAAACGUUAGAGGUGUGAGGUUAAACGGGUCUGCAGCAAGCCACGUACUUCACGAAGACAGUGGCUUGGGGUACAAGGACCUGGAUCUCAUUUUCUGUGCAGACCUUAAAGGCGAAGCGGAAUUUCGGACUGUCAAGGAUAUUGUUCUAGACUGUCUCUUGGAUUUCUUGCCAGACGGGGUAAAUAAGCAGAGAAUUACACCUCUAACCCUAAAGGAAGCUUAUGUGCAGAAAAUGGUGAAAGUCUGCAAUGAUUCAGACCGGUGGAGCCUCAUAUCAUUGUCCAACAACAGUGGCAAAAAUGUGGAGCUGAAGUUUAUGGAUUCCCUAAAACGCCAAUUUGAAUUCAGCGUAGACUCUUUCCAAAUCAAACUCGACUCUUUACUGCUUUUUUACGAAUGCUCUGAAAACCCCAUGACGGAAACCUUUCACCCCACCAUCAUCGGCGAGAGCGUCUACGGAGACUUCCAGGCAGCCUUUGACCACCUGUGUAACAAAAUCAUUUCCACCAGGAACCCAGAAGAGAUCCGGGGAGGUGGGCUUCUCAAGUACUGCAACCUGCUGGUCAGGGGCUUCAGGGCAGUUUCAGAGCCUGAAAUCAAGUCUCUCCAGCGGUACAUGUGCUCCAGGUUCUUCAUUGACUUCUCAGAUAUCUGCGAACAGCAGCGAAAGCUGGAAGCUUACCUACAGAACCACUUUGUGGGACUGGAGGACCGCAAGUAUGACUAUUUAAUGACGCUUCACGGGGUUGUGGAUGAGAGUACAGUGUGCUUAAUGGGGCACGAGAGGAGACAGACCCUCAACCUUAUUACCAUGCUAGCCAUCAGCGUCCUGGCAGAGCAGAACAUCAUCCCAAAUGUGGCAAAUGUAACCUGCUAUUACCAGCCGGCCCCAUAUGUGGCAGAUGCCAAUUUCAGUAAUUACUACAUUGCCCAAGUUCAGCCUGUGUUCACCUGCCAGAAACACACUUACUCUAACUGGUUGCCCUGCAAGUGAAACAAAAAGGGAAUUGUCCUAUUUAUGUAGAAAAGGGGUUGAACCAGUUCAGGAUGUUGUGUUUUGAUGGAUUACUGAUCUGCUCUAGUAUUCACACUUGGUAAACCUGACAUAUUAUAUUGGAGCAAGAUCUAAAGAAUAGGGAAAUUGGAAUCGUCUACAGAGAGAUCUGUCAUUAUAAGCAUGUAAGCUUCAGAUUUCCCUGCCGAAAAGGAAAAGGGAAAGCUUCAAUGACAAUAUGGGAUUGCUGUAAAACUCCCAUAGCCACUAUGCUGGGAAGCCUAAUACUAUUCAGUGAGAUUGGGAAGAUCAUGACAUGUUUUUCCAUGAUGCUAUUCAGAUCUGUCCAAGCUAAAUGCGAUGUCUAGUCUAGAUCUCUUCAUUUGGGAUUUGCAGGCACUGUGUAUUGGUAGAUCAUAAAGGCGGGAAGUGAAUGUUCUUGCUUUAAUAGAAUGUGUGGUUUAGAAGAAACAGAUCCAAGGCAUAAAGAUAGCAUCUAAAAUUGCUAAUAUGAUCUAAGGCUCCCAGUGUACACAAUUCUCAGUCCGAAAUUGUAGGGAGACAAAAAAAAAAAAAAAAAGCCUGAAGUGUGCUUACAGACCAAAGAUUUUUUCAUUUUAAAAACCCAAGUUUAAAAAAAAAAAAUAGUACUAUAUUUGUAUAUGUUAACGUGAAUUAAAGUGCCUAAUACCUAUGGCAGGUGGAAAAUAAAAGUAAAAAAAAAAAAAUAAAAAUAAAAUUGUUUUGUGGCUUUCCCAAUGUUUUACUUUAUCAAGGACACAAGACAAAACAACUAUAAAGCUUGUGAAUGUGUACUGUAUGUAGAAAAGACCACAAUUGUCAUGGCGAAUACUUGUACAAAAUGACAUGUGCUGUUUGUGUUCAUGUUUGUUGAGUUUAUAAUACACCCUCAGAAUCUGUAGCACUUAGCCAGAGUUUUGUAAUAGAGUGCCGUGCGUGUUCUUGUUUUAAACCAGAUGUCUUAAGACUUUGGACACUUCUGCAGAUAUUUGUAAAGCUGCAGCUAAACUAGAAAAUCCCAGUUGAAUUUGAAAAGGAAUGUAUUUUGCAACCGGAAAAUUACAGCUAAUAAGUUGAUCGAGUGAGCCCUAAUCUUUUGAUUAAAUGGGUAAUCAUUUUUAUAAGCCUGUUUCGUUCUUAUAACAUAUUAAUUAAACUUGAUCAAAUACUUGAUUUUGAAACCUGGAAUAUUUUGAAAAUGUUUUUGUAAAAAAAAAAAAAGUAAUAAAAAUGACAUUCCAGAUGAUACCUGCAGUUCAUGCUGCAAUAUUACUUUGGGUACUGUAUAUUUUAUUUCAUUGAUUUGCAUUUGAUUCUUCAGCCCUAUUAAAAAAUGUUUAUUGACAAUUUCUCUCAGGUCAGUUGUUCAUAUAUAUUGGUAUACAACUGCACACGUUUUUUUUUUAUUUUUUAUUGAUGCGAAACUGAGAAUCGCACAUGAAAUAGAUUAUGCUGAUUAGAAUUUGAAACCCUUAAAGCUAACCCAUAACAGGUAACACAUGCAUUUCACACUGAUUAAAGAAAAAAAGGCUGUUAAAAUACACAAGAGCAGUGUUUUAUUCCACCACAUUAUCAAGAUGACUUGGGUAGAUCCUACUCUUGUUUACUUUAGCACCUUGCCUGUGAAUUCUACAGGGUCUGUCAAAGCUAUUGAAACGCCUCUCAUUUUGUUUACCAAGAUAGACACUCUCAUCCCGUGUUCAGUGUUAGGCAACCUUGAUUAAUUGUGAGAAGGAAUCCGUUUGCUUCCUGAAGCCAAUUCCUUUUAGGCUGCAGCUCAGAACUGAGGCAUACUUGUCAAGACUCUUAGCGCUGCUGUGGCUGCUUUGAGGCCUCAGAACGGAAGCAAAGGGAGGGCUGGGGAAAUAGGAUCAGCUGGGGAUGGGGUAUGUCUUUUCUUACCACAACUAUUUGUAGUAAAUAUGAGUCAUUCUCUCACAGAAGACACUAUAAUCUGCAGAACCACGAAAACGCUUAAAGUAAAUGCAUGCAUCUAUAUUUUUCAUGUGAAGAUAUUUUCCAUAUAUUUUACUUUGUGUAAAAAAAAAAAAAAAAGUGGAUUUCUUAAAUACGUUUUCAUGCAAUAAUUAAUGCAAGGAACAGAGUCAAUUAUAUUUUUUAGACAUAAUGGUCGCUUUAGAAAGAUUAUUCGAAUGUGGUGCAGCAAAUUUACAGAUAGCAAUUACCACAUGGAAUUUUAGGAAUGAAAAGUAGGGAUAUCACCUGCUUUCAGUCAUUUUUUAUUUUUUGCACUCAAGGUCUUAAACGAGCCAUUCGUUUUAUGUCUGAAAUGUUCAGAACUAUAUGUUUUUAUUGUUAAGAUAUAACCUUACACUUGCAAAUUUGGUGCUACGUCGUGAAGCAGUACUGUCUUUUUUAUCAGUGUACAAAUGUUGAAAGUUGGUAAUUGCGUUUUUUAAAGCACUGAAUAUGGUUUAUGUCAACCUAAAAUUUGCCUUUAAGAAAAUGUUAAUUAUUAUUAUAGUGAAUUCAACUGAAAAUACGCAGCCCAAGAACAGACAUGUCAAACUGGUGUCAUGGGUCAAAGGGUUACAUGCAAAUUCAAAUUCUGUAUAGAGGACAUUGCACUGGGGAUUUUCAUACAUCUAAGUUUGACUCGCUCACGAAAAUUACACUGUUGCCAGUGCAGUAUGCUCACCCUUCCAUCAUUGGUUUACUUUCUUUUGUGUGUUAAGUGUUUUCUUGAUAUAUUAUUUUAUUUUUACACUGCUGACAAUAUUUCCUAUGACAUGUGUUAUGGUCUUAUUUUAAAUAACCCAUGGUUGUGAGGUUACUGCUUCUAAUAAAGAGUGAUGAUUUGUUCUGUCAUUUGUAUGACCCUAAUGAGCAUGGAAUAAUAAAAAAAUAACUACAAAAUAACAAUAAUAAUAAUAUGUUUUUAAAAAAUUGAAAGCCUUUGCAUUCAUUUGGAAUUGAAAUUGAAAUGAUGGUCUGUUGCUGGGGGAGGAUAUAGUUGUGUAACAGAUGUUUCUUAAAAGCUGAUGUUACUAUAUUUCAAACCAUAAUUGAGCAUAAUCCUAAUGUCUUAGAUGUUGCACAGUUUUGCUGGUUUUAAACCAGUGACCAAUACAUUGAAUAACCCUGCUGGUAAAACACAAGGGUCUUAUGUAUUGCUGUAACAUAUCUACUGCAAGUCUAGGGCUAUUGCCUUUACAUCAUUGAAAAGCUUAAAGAAAUUUCAAUUUGAAAUCCUUUAGAUUCCUGCUUGUUAAUUGUAUUAUGUUUACAUUACCAAAUAAAAUGUUUCUGCUAAAAGCUGCAGCAUGUUGUGUAGAAAAAAAAAGCUUGUAUAUUAGUUAAGAGGUCAGGGUGUACUUGGGGUACGUGUUGUUGAUUACAUAAAAAAAAAAGAAAAAAAAGGAUAUAUUGUAUAGUGGUUCAAUAUGUUGUCAUUUUUUGUUGUUGAAAAAUAUACAUCUCAUUACUUCAGUUUUGUUUAUGUUUUUACUAUCUUCAUUAAUCACUACUCUCUAAGUCAACCUAUUACUGAAGCAAACUACCCUGGCUUGCUUUGCAUGAGUUGAGUGGACUGACUGAGGUCUUUAGUCACUUAACAGCUUUACAUAUUUCUGUUAUUAGUAAAAGCAACAGAUUGUGAAUUUUGUUUGCACCAUCCAACAUUUGGAUUUUUUUUUUUUGUAAAUAAAAGGAAGUUAUUUUUUUCUAUUGA